CUUUGGGCUCGUGUUCAUCGUCUACGGCAACUUCGAGGGCCCUUGUUCAUGCUUGUCGACUCUCUGCCAUGCCUACCAACAGAGAACACAGUACAACCAUGGCAUCCCUCUUCGCUCUUCUCCUUGUCUCCCCUGCCCUCGCCUCUCUGCCUCUCGUCGACUUCAACCGAAUGGGUCAAGUCGGCCUAGCUGGAGCAUUCGCAGGUCUCAGUCUAUUCGACAACGCGUCACAGAUCACCGUAGACCCGUCCGCAUCCACUCUUCUUUCCCGUUCCUCUGAUGGCGAACUCAUCGCCCUCGCCUCAACCAACCAGGGCGGGCAGAUAUACUCAGGAUGUGCCAUUGGUGACGUCUACUAUGUCGCUGGCUCCUUCUCGUCUCUUGGCAGCGCAUCCGCAUCCAACAUCGCGUCCUUCACUCCCUCUUCAGCCUCCUUCGCUUCCCUUGGUGCAAACGGUCCAAGCGGGCCAGUACAUGCCCUCUACUGUGACACCAACUCAAACCAACUCUGGGCCGGUGGCGUCUUCACUUCCCCCGGUUCAUCCGUCGCCGUCUAUGACACCAAGGCCAACCAGUGGUCUGCCCCUUCGUUCAAAGGCUUCUCUGGUUCAAGUAGCCAGGUCCUUGCCAUCGUUCCAAACGCAUCCGACUCUAGCCUCUUCUUUCUUGGUUCCUUCACCACCUCAUUUCAAGGAAAUGGUACUGUUCCCAACAAUAACAAUCCCAACGUGCCAUACUCUGCGGGUGCGACACCCUUCUCAAGUUCCCUCGUCCCAAUUCCUCUUCAGAACGCAGAGAUAACUGCCGGCCCAUCUACGACAAAUACUGAAUUCUCGAAUAUUCAGAAUAUUUUGUGUCCAGCGGGACCGGAUGGGCCAGGCAAUACUUGGUUGGCUGAGAACGGGACACCGGCGCAGAUCACCAUCCGCGCUUUCAGUGCCCUCAACGCAUACGGAGUCCGUCUUGGGAACACGUUCCAGAGCGGGUUUGGGACGACAGCAUUCACUGUAACUUCAGUCCCGGAUAAUAUCGUACAACCCUUCCAGUAUAUUGACCCUCAGACCGGCCAGAACGUGACCUGUUCCGACUCCUGCCCUCUUUCCACCAACUCGUCUCUCCCUUACCAGGACUUCAUCUUCGCAAAUCCCACCACAUUGAGCGGUGUACAGAUCACGUUAUCCGCGUGGACCGGCCAAGCCGCUGGAUUGCACAUGCUUCAGCUGUUGUCUGCCGGUGCAUUUGCCUCCGCAGUUCCUAGUCAAAAUGGCCAGUCUUGCUUCGCACCCAACCCUUCCAAUGUCACCACUACCGGUACAUGGACCGCCGCAAAUGCAGACACGAGUCUUCCUGGGACGAUCCAAUCCGUCCAGGUGGCAACAGUGAACGUCGGUACGCCUGCUUCACAGGCGCCGACUUAUACUUGGAUGCCUUACGUAUCAGCAUCCGGUGAGUAUGAAGUCAAUAUGGUCGUUCCCGGCUGUGGCAAUUUUGGAGACUGCCCUCUUCGCACUUCCGUGCAAGUCGAGAUUUUCCCCGGUGGCGGUCAGCAGGGUGUAGUCACCACCGUCUCGCAGCAGAAUGUUGCCGAUGUGAGCACUCUGAUUUACAGGGGUCCUAUUGUUCCGUCAUCUCCCAGCUUUGUCACCACUGUUACCAUGUCUCUUGCAUCGAACCCGUCCGGUACCGGCCAGAACGGCCAAUAUGAGCUUGUGGCAGGUAACAUUGAGUUAGUCCUGACCUCGGCCAACGUGACUGGUAGCUCGGGUGGCUCUGGAGGCAACGGCACAACAGGAAGUGGAGGCAUUCAGCAUGGCUUUGGUUUCUUUGAAUGGCCUUUGCACACAAGCAACAACGCAGAUGCUACGGGGACACUUCCCAACUCUACGGAAACUAUGUACGACUUGGUGGGCUUCAGCUUAUACAAUGGCAUCAACAGUGCUUCUGUCGGCUCUUCGUCAAUAGCGGCUGCUGUACAACAUCCCUCUGGCUCAGUCUUCUUAGGCGGCUCAUUUAACAUUACAAUGGGGUCAGCCUCUGGAACUACCAACUUCGUCGUCUUUGAACAAGGUCAGCUGGUCACGCCCUCUAAUUUCGGGUUGAACGGGGCGGUUACAUCCAUGAUUCUUUAUGGGGAGAAACUCUUCGUCGGUGGUUCAUUCUCAUCGACGAGGUCUACCUCCAGCAAUGGCGGUCUGAGCGGCGUCGCUGUCUACGACAUUCAGUCUAGGACAUGGGCUGCGCUUGGUGGUGGAGUCAACGGCCCGGUGGAGAGCUUAAACAUCGCCGCUAAUCAACUACAAAUUGUUGGCAACUUCUCUACUGUUACCUCCCCCACUGGCGCUACUUAUCAAGUGGGUGGACUUGCUGUCUGGGACAUUGCGUCAGGAGCAUGGUUAAACAGCGGGGGCUUCCUGUCGGGGCACAUGUCCUUCGUUGGAAACAGCUCUUCUGCCGCCCGUAACAACUCGUUGUCUCAGUUCAUUUCUGGCAAUGUCGCAGAAUUGGCAGAGUUCGGCGCGACUGGGCUAGUAAUGCUGUCUAAUGGCAACAACGGCCCUACGGUUUCACCGUUGCAAAUCCCAUUGGAGGGUAACGGGAGUGGAAGCACAGCGGCUACGGUCACAAAACGACGACGUUCGCAUGUGCACCAUGGCCCAACUUCGUGGAUCCCUCAUCUCACGCUGCGAAGUCUCUUUAAGCGCCAGAGUGGUGGCUCUCAACAAACUCUGCCAGAAGGACCUCCUACCCCUGCCCCAGCCGUUCUCGCCGGCGCCUUCUGGGCAAAUAGUUCUUCCUCUAAACAAGUGUCCAUCAUUGGCGGCAACUUCACUUUUGCCUCGUCAUCGCACGCCGUUGGUAUAUACGAUGCUAGUGUCCCAUCCAUCCAAGCUCUUCAGGGUAAUCAAAUCAACGGCAUUGUCCGCUCUUUGAAGGUGGUCGAGAACCAGCUCUUUGUUGGAGGCCAGUUCUCUUUGAGUGGCACCAAUGCCAACGGCUUGGCGCUAUACAACUUGCAGGCGCAACAGUGGAACACGUCAAAUCUUCCGCCACUUCAAGCCUCUAGCGGCUCUACCGUGGAGGUUCGGUCCAUAUCAUCGUCCGCAUCCAAGCCAAACGCCAUCAUCGUUGCUGGCACUUUCACCGGCGCCGGUUCUGUCGGUUGUCAGGCCGUUUGUGAAUUGGAUACCUCGACAAUGCAGUGGUCAACGCUUGGUAGUGGCAUUCAGGGCCAAGUAUCGUCGGUGUCAUAUGCUGGUAACAACCAGGAAUAUCUUAUCGCCGCUGGUUCAAUCACGCUCUCUGGUGGUUCGGCCAAUGUUGCGAUGUACAGCUUCUCAAGCGGGACAUGGAACGCCGUUGGUGAUGGGUCGAGCAUCCCUGGCCCCGUGACUGCCCUUGAGGUAGACAACAGCAAUUCGUCAAGUAUCUUCGCUGCGGGGCGGACUUUGGACGGCUCUUCCGCGUUCAUGUAUCACUGGAACGGUGCAACCUGGAACAACAUCGGCUCGGGCCUCCAGGGCACAUCCAACAUCUCUCAGCUGUUGAUGGUCCCCUUGCAAAACGCCCACAGCACAAAUAGCAUCGUGGAGUCGGACCGCAUGCUCAUGGUGUCUGGGUCGUUGGCAGGAUCCACUUUUGCGGCUGCAUCUUCCGUUCUGUUCGACGGUGCCUCUUUGAUACCCUUCGUCAGCUCUGUCACAACCAGUGGUUCAUCAGGAUUCGUGGCAUCUCUUUUCUACUCCUUGGCCAAUUUUAGCUUCACCCAACAACACUUCCUGGCCACGGGCAUCGUCAUCUUGAUUUCUAUUGCGAUAGCCGCUGGAGUAGUAUUCUUGCUGGCAUUGAUUGGCAUCUUGUGGACUUUGUUCUCAAGGAAAGAUGACAAGGUUGCCAAAUUGGACGGGGAGGAUGAUGACUCUUCCAUCCACCACCGUCCAUCUUCGCUUCUCGAGCACAUUAACGCAGCCACACGAACUACUAUCCUUGGUGGCGGGCAAAGUCCAUUCAAUGACUUCAGUGCUGAGAAGGACGAUGCAGCUCAUGAAGCUGUGGCAGUUGGCGGCGAUCCUGACCCAUUCGGUCCUGAUGCCAGCAACUAUCUGCGAGCUCAAACUCCAUCAGACGCUCACUUUGGUACCAUGGUGGCGGAAGAGGAGUUCAACAGACCUGCACACGCUCGCUACUCUUUUGACGGGGCUGGAGAUGGUGAGCUACCUAUGGCUGCUGGAUUGGAAGUGGAGAUUCUUGAUGACAGAGACGCGGCAUGGUGGUAUGCUCGAAAUCCUCAAACUGGACAGGAAGGUGUCGUUCCAGCUGCGUACCUAUAUUGAUGUGCAUGUCAUUUUGUCAUUAUUGUUUUCGAGUUGCAUCACAAUCAUACCCUACUUAUCAAGAUCGACCUUCGGUCGUUCCUUCAUCCAAUUUAAUACACUACACUUUGUCGACAUUCCUCGAUUUACAUAUCCUCUCGGGACUCAACUGUGUGCUAUUAGAGGACUUGGAGCACAUCACUGAAGCAGUGGGUCGCGGAAAUGUUUUUGGUGAUUAUGUCUAAAGCCCACUUUUGUCUUGAAUUGUUCGCGGCGCUGUUGAUCACGAAACUCGCGAAUAUGUCUACCAGCUUCUCUCGCUUCUCCGGCGUUUCUGGCUUUCACCACCUCAGCACCCUGACCAAAUGCUCCAUAGCCGCCUUUGCGAGGGACCAAUGCAGAGUUCUUGUCAGCGAGUAAUUGCCGAACGAUUGCUGCACCAGAGUUGGCAUCGUUAUCGUAGCGUGGGCCUCUGAAGGACUGAGCGUAAUACCGCUUCAUACUGCGGUGCCCUAUUCGUGCUCCCGAGGGCAGAACAAGUUCGAAGGGUGUGUCGCCGUAAGACAGUUGAUUUUCAGGUAGACUCUCAGUAUCAGAGCCGCUGUCGGGCGGCUCUGAGCCUGAUUCAUCCACGAUGUCUCCUGCUUCCUCAUCCUCAUCGUCUUCUUCAUCCACAUCCUCCCACUCGCCAUCCGCGUCGGGCAGCAGCAACCUGCUUUUACGCUGUGCUUCGGGGUAGGAAGUACUAAAGUCAUAAAAGUCGGAUAUUUCUAGUCGGUCUCCUUCUUUGUCGUAAGCUAUUUUGCAAUGACUCUUGUCGAGCAUGUGUUUCCGGACAGCAUCGAGAGUUCGGAAUUCUCUGCCCUUGCCGUUGCAGUAGAUGCAGACGUUCCCAACCGCGAUCUUCUCUCCAAGAUAGGUUAUGAGGCCGUUGAUGUCGACAAGGUAAUCGGCAUCGGGAACGAAGAACGAAUGUGCGGAGGCCAUGUGUGUGAGAUUGUCCGAUAGAGAGGACGAGCCCAUCGCACAGAACAGACAGGAGGUCGGAGAUAGCUUGGCUCGGGCUGCCGCAAUCUUGGCAUCUAUGGUUUGGUUGAUCUCGUCCUCGUCCGCGUUCUCGUCGACGACCAGUUUAGGCUCGGGUUCGCUAGUUGCGCGAGUUUCAGAGGGAGGCUCGGAUUCUACAGCUAGUUCCUCGGUGAGUGAGGGCGUGGAGGCGAUCAUGGGCUUCGAUGCAGCCUUGAGCUCGUUGUCCUUGUGCUUGCGAGAGUUUAUAUGAGAGCGGUACGCGUUCUCAGUCGUGUAUGUCUUGCCGCAAACCUCACAGCUUGACCCCUUAGCUGACGACAUGAUCGCGGUCUCGGCUUUCCUGUCGAGUACUUUCUGGUUGAAGACGGCAGCGCUGACGGGUGGUAAGGAGGCCACUCGACGUUUCAUGUUAUACCGAUGAUGGUCAGAGCGGUAAUGUACCCUCUGCUCUUCUGCAGAGAGAAAUGCUAUUGAGCAUGAUAGGCAGGUGAAAAGCGGCUGAUCAGGGGGAAUAACGGUGGUGGUAGUGGUAGUGGCCAUGGUGGUAGAGGAGAGAGACGAAGA